GAAAAUAACGCUCGUGUGGUGGAGCAAGAAAAAAAAAGGAAAAAGAAGAGCCUCAACUGUAGGCAGAAACGGAUUUACCGAAUAUCACAAGUGACGAUACCAACAUACCACACAUUUUUUUGAAACACUGGGUAAUUUGGAUUCAAGGUAACGUCUAGGUUGUCCCUGACGCUCCUUGUUUAUAGGAGUUUAGGAUACACCGGUUUCGGAUUGUCUGAACUGUAUGCAAUCGUAACAUCAGACGCUUCUAGCUAGCCAGCUUGUUGGCUAGUUUAGUUACCCGUAGCUAACUAAAGUAACGUGAUCUAUUAGCUAUAACCGCCGUUACUUAUGCGUAUAAUACUAAGUCAGCCCUCGGCUAUUUAAUUAUAUGUUCUAGUUAGUUUCUUUAAUCGGAACAAACCUGUUAGCUAACCUGGCUAGCUAAAGUUAACUUACAUUCACAAGUCCCACCCUCCAAAGUAUCAUUAAUUAUAUGUUAAAUUAGCUGGAUAGUUUGCUAGCUGGUGUAACAGUAAGUAGCUACGUCGUCUGUUCGCUAAUCAGCUAGCUAGUUUAACUCAGAUUGGAUAUAAUUAGUUAGCUAUCUAGCUAGGUCAAUUAUUCCGUGCUGUUGAUAUUGAUCCGUUAUACCAUUAGCCGGAGGGGUUGAGCCGCUACCCUGGCAAGGAGACGGGCGAAAAAGAGGAGGCGAAAUAAAGAGAACAGGGAGACGAGCGAGCCAGCUAACGGUCGUUAUCAUUUGUGCUAACGUUUAAGGGUCAGCUGUCAUAAAAGCAUCUUGCGAGCGAGCUAUCUAGCUCACGCUAACUUACCCAACUUGACAGCUCAGUCAGAUAUCAUAAACUAACGCUAACGUCACUGGUCAUAUUUCAUUCUUUACACAAGACCGACCUCCCUUCGACAAAAAGAAGUGUCACUAUUUGCUUGGACAUUGUGUUAGCUGGCUAAACCAAGCAACCUCUCGGGUGAACUGCUCAUCAAUGUCAGCAAGCUAACCCAGUUUCUCUGACGCUAUUACCAGUGUCAGCUAUCUCACAGUAGCUAACUAGCGUGCUACACAUGGACUGAUAGAAUUCGUAGCUAGCUACAUUUAUAUUUUUGUAAGAAAAACACAGUAUACCUGAACAUAUUUGUAGUUAGGUAGCGCCAUCUAAACACAGUCAUGAGUAUCGAGAUACCGGUGGGAUUGACGGAAUUGCUGCAAGGCUACACGGUGGAGGUGCUUCGACAGAGGCCACCGGACCUGGUGGAAUUCGCCGUGCAAUAUUUCACGCGCUUGCGGGACACCAGAAGCCAAGAUGGGGCGGGUGCUGCUGUCAAGCUCGGGAAAGGAGUGAUGUUUGAUGGGGAGCCGAUGCAAACCGAGUCGAAUGGAGACGAAGACGGGUCCGACGAGUCUGAUUUCGAGCCCCCUCCCCCCAGCAGAUACAACCGCAGAGUGUCAGUGUGCGCGGAGGCCUUCAACCCAGAUGACGAUGACGAGGUGGAGGAGCCGAGGGUGGUGCAUCCCAAAACAGACGAGCAGCGCUGCCGGCUGCAGGACGCCUGCAAAGAUAUUCUACUGUUCAAGACCCUGGAACAGGAGCAGUUCUCGGAAGUCCUGGACGCCAUGUUUGAACUGCGCGUACAGCCCCAGGAGCAUGUCAUCGACCAGGGAGACGACGGAGACAACUUCUACGUUAUCGAGAGAGGAAUCUAUGACAUCGUGGUACUGAUUGAUGGCGUAGGGACGUGUGUGGGGCAGUAUGACAACAAAGGCAGCUUCGGAGAGUUGGCACUGAUGUACAACACCCCCCGCGCUGCCACUAUUAUUGCCACCCAGGAGGGGGCGCUCUGGGGCCUGGACCGGGCCACGUUCCGUAGGCUCAUUGUGAAGAACAAUGCCAAGAAGAGAAGGCUGUACGAGCAAUUUGUGGAGUCUGUGCCUCUACUGAAGUCUCUGGAGUUAUCCGAGAGGAUGAAAAUUGUGGAUGUAUUAGGAAUGAAGACGUUUUCCGAUGGAGAACGCAUCAUCAUGCAGGGGGACAGGGCAGAUUGUUUCUACAUCGUGGAGACCGGAGAAGUGAAGAUUAUGAUGAAGAGCAAAACAAAGAUGACAAAGGCGAACCAGGAGGAUAAUGUGGAGGUUGAGAUCACCCGCUGUAGCAGGGGUCAGUACUUUGGGGAGCUGGCCCUGGUCACCAACAAGCCCCGCGCUGCAUCAGUGUAUGCUGUGGGAGAGGUCAAGUGCUUGGUAAUAGACAUUCAGGCGUUUGAGCGUCUGCUGGGUUCCUGUAAGGAGAUCAUGAAGAGGAACAUCACCCACUACGAGGAGCAGCUGGUAGCUCUGUUUGGCUCCAGCAUGGACCUGAGAGACUGACCACCCUUCUCCGUGCCUUACACAAGCAAAUUUACAUGAAUGAAAAGAUACCUACACAUUCAGACGCACCACUUACAUAGUAUAAGUACACCCUGACACACAGAUUUUCUAGCUCAACCCUCCUUUAUAAGCUCACUAAUAGGUGUACACACACUUUCUACUCACCCCGAAAUAUCACACGCCCUCUUACGGUUGCUUGAACCUGCUUCAGCCCCUUUGUUUGAAUUGAAAAAGCAAUGUCCCUGCUGAUACAACCCUGCCACCGCCACAGCACAGCAAGGACAUACUACACGCAUGCACUCAGACAUGAAGGCUUGUCCUUUCUCUCUCUCUCACACACACACACACACACACACACACACACACACACACACACACACACACACACACACACACACACACCAAACCUCAGCCAAGGACCCAUGCGCACACACAGGCACCACCCACACUUUCAAAUACAGACACCUGGUGAAAAAUAAAAUGCAUCUAAAAAAGAGAGCAAAUUUAAAAAAGUAAAAAAUGCAAAGGUUUAAAGAGAAGUUUUAGAAUCAUUUUAUGAAGAUAAACCGAAGCUUUGAUAAAAUAUGAUUUAAAUAAAAAAGUGUUUAUUUGGGGUUGAGUCCUUUCUGAAAGCUCUCCUGCUGUUGUUGAUUGAUUCAGUUAGUGCCGGUGAUUACCACAGAGGACCCUACGUUUCAGGGCUAUUGUUAUUAUCAUUAAUCCACACAUGUUGUAUUGAUUAAUGUAUUAUUAUAUAUUCAUUAUUUUGUUUUACUUUGACCAAUUCAGAUAUAAAGCACCAUCUCAGACAAUGUCAAACAAAAAUAUAGUGCUUAUUUCUCCUUGAUCAUUCUGAAUGAGUUGUCCUGGAUAAGAAUAAAGCAGACAUUUUUAUUAUA